AUGCUGCCUUUCGGCGCCGCCGAGAAGGCGGCGAAGAAGGCGGUUCCUUUCGCGGCCGACGCCGCCGGCCUCGACGCGGCCAAGAAGGGCGCGCUCGCGUCGCUGCCCGACAGCCUCGUCGAUAAGCUCGGGCAGGGGUCUCCCGACAUGUUCUUCUCCGCGGCGCUCACGCAGACGGCGGCCAAGGCGGCGUGCGCCUCCGGCAAGGCCGAGGCGGCGUGCCUCCUCUUCUCCGACAAGGCCGAGUUCAACAUCGACAGGGCGCCCGCGCUGCUGGUGGUCGAGCAGGGGCUGAAAAUGCUGGGAGCGCUCGCCGGGGGCACGGAGGGGGCAGGACCCCCCCAAAGGAGGUCGAGCCGCCGCGAGGCUUGCUCUGGCGGGCUCUGCGCCGUCGCCCUCCUCGACGGCGGCCCCGACAACGGGAACAAGGAGGCGCAGCUGGCGGGUGUGGUACUAGGCGCGUUCGACGCCGAGACGCUCGGCGCCUUUGGCAACGGCGUGGCGGCGGGCCGGCGCGCCACCGAGAGCAUCGAUGCGGUGCCGGCGCUGCAAGAGGUCGAUUGCGCGGGCGACUGCAUCAACGGUUAG